GCCAGUGGUUUGCGGGGUUGGGCCGCAUUUGCUGCCGCCGCGGUAGCUGCUGCGCUUCGGUGCGGGGCGGGCAGACGCCGAGAGAACCCCGGGCCGGGAACCGGGAGCCGGCAGAGCUGCUGCUGCGGCGUCUGGGUCCAUUUCCAUCUUACGAACACCAAGGCCAGUGCCCGGCGGCUUCUGCUCCCAGCCCGGCCCAGGGAGGAGCGGGUCACUUUAUUUUGUAAGAAAGGGGCGAGUCCGCGUGUGAGCUUCCCUCCUGGCCUGGCUCUCUCCUCAGUGUGCCCCAGCUUUGGCACGGGCUCCGGAAGAUGACUCCGGCGUCUGCUCUGUGUAUUCCCGCGGCGGCGGCUCGGAGAGGCUGCCCAAAGUGGUAACACUUGGUAGUAGCCGCUAGUGGAAAAGUGAGCCGAGGCGGCCCGGGCUCGGCUCCACGCGCGCCCCGUUGCCCGCUGCUCCUUUCCCUCGACUCCCCGGCGGCUGCAGCAUGAAGUGGCGCAGCGAUGGCCAGGAGAGGUAAGAAGCCCGUGGUGCGGACGCUGGAGGAUCUGACGCUGGACUCGGGUUAUGGUGGCGCGGCGGACUCGGUGCGCUCUUCCAACUUGUCCCUGUGCUGUUCCGACUCGCACCCGGCGUCCCCGUAUGGCGGGAGCUGCUGGCCGCCUCUAGCUGACUCCAUGCACAGCCGGCACAACAGCUUUGACACCGUCAACACUGCCCUGGUGGAAGACUCCGAGGGGCUGGACUGCGCCGGCCAGCACUGCUCACGGCUGCUGCCGGACCUCGACGAGGUCCCUUGGACCCUCCAGGAGCUGGAGGCGCUGCUGCUGCGCUCGCGGGAUCCCCGAGCAGGCCCGGCGGCCCCCGGUGGCCUGCCCAAAGACGCACUGGCCAAGCUGUCGACGCUGGUGAGCCGGGCGCUGGUACGCAUCGCCAAAGAGGCGCAGCGCCUCAGUCUGCGCUUCGCUAAGUGCACCAAGUACGAGAUCCAGAGCGCCAUGGAGAUAGUGCUGUCCUGGGGCCUGGCGGCGCACUGCACGGCGGCCGCGCUGGCAGCGCUGUCCCUCUACAACAUGAGCAGCGCCGGCGGCGACCGCCUGGGCCGUGGCAAGUCGGCGCGCUGCGGCCUCACCUUCUCAGUGGGCCGCGUGUACCGCUGGAUGGUGGACAGCCGCGUGGCGCUGCGCAUCCACGAGCAUGCCGCCAUCUACCUGACGGCCUGCAUGGAGAGCCUCUUCCGGGACAUCUAUGCGCGGGUCGUGGCCUCCGGGCUGCCCCGGAGCUGCAGCGGCCCCGGUCCGGGCUCCAGCUCCGGCCCAGGCCCGGGCCCCGGCGCGGCCCCUGCGGCAGAUAAGGAGCGGGAGGCGCCCGGAGGGGGAACAGCCAGCGGCGGCCCCUGCAGCGCAGCCAGCAGCGCUAGUGGGGGCAGCAGCUGUUGCGCCCCGCCGGCAGUGGCUGCGGCCUCUGCAGCCCCGCCGGCCGCCGCCGCCAACCACCACCAUCACCACCACCACGCACUCCACGAGGCACCCAAGUUCACCGUGGAGACUCUGGAGCACACGGUCAACAACGACUCGGAGAUCUGGGGGCUCCUGCAGCCCUACCAGCACCUCAUCUGCGGGAAGAACGCCAGCGGAGCGCUGUGCCUGCCAGACAGCCUGAACCUUCACAGAGACCCGCAGCGGUCAAACAAGCCGGGAGAACUGCCCAUGUUCAGCCAGUCAGAGCUGAGGACCAUCGAGCAGUCCUUGUUGGCCACCCGCGUGGGCAGCAUCGCAGAACUGAGUGACCUGGUGUCCCGAGCAAUGCAUCACCUGCAGCCCCUCAAUGCCAAGCACCACGGCAACGGCACCCCCCUGCACCACAAGCAGGGGGCACUCUACUGGGAGCCAGAGGCCCUGUACACCCUUUGCUAUUUCAUGCACUGCCCACAGAUGGAAUGGGAAAAUCCCAACGUGGAGCCUUCCAAAGUCAACCUCCAGGUGGAAAGGCCCUUCCUGGUGCUGCCGCCGCUGAUGGAGUGGAUCCGGGUGGCCGUGGCGCACGCCGGCCACCGCCGCAGCUUCUCCAUGGACAGCGACGACGUCCGCCAGGCGGCCCGGCUGCUGCUGCCCGGCGUGGACUGCGAGCCGCGCCAGCUCAGGGCGGACGACUGCUUUUGUGCUUCUCGGAAACUGGACGCAGUGGCCAUCGAAGCCAAGUUUAAGCAGGACCUGGGUUUCCGGAUGCUAAACUGUGGGCGGACGGACCUGGUGAAGCAGGCGGUGUCUCUCCUGGGGCCCGAUGGGAUCAACACCAUGAGCGAACAGGGCAUGACUCCCCUGAUGUACGCCUGCGUCCGUGGGGACGAGGCAAUGGUUCAGAUGCUGCUGGAUGCCGGAGCUGACCUGAAUGUGGAGGUUGUCAGUACUCCUCAUAAAUAUCCAUCUGUCCACCCUGAGACCCGCCAUUGGACGGCUCUGACUUUUGCUGUGUUGCAUGGACAUAUUCCUGUAGUUCAGCUCCUCCUGGACGCCGGGGCCAAGGUGGAAGGCUCUGUGGAGCACGGCGAGGAGAACUACUCAGAGACGCCCCUCCAGCUCGCAGCUGCCGUAGGAAAUUUUGAACUGGUUAGUUUGCUGUUGGAGCGUGGCGCAGAUCCCCUGAUAGGAACCAUGUACAGGAAUGGAAUUUCUACAACCCCCCAGGGUGAUAUGAACUCUUUCAGCCAGGCUGCAGCCCACGGACACAGGAAUGUGUUCCGCAAACUGCUCGCUCAGCCAGAGAAGGAGAAGAGUGACAUCUUGUCCCUGGAGGAGAUUCUGGCUGAGGGGACUGACCUGGCGGAGACAGCCCCGCCUCCCCUGUGUGCCAGCCGCAACAGCAAGGCCAAACUGAGGGCCCUGAGGGAGGCCAUGUAUCACAGCGCUGAGCAUGGCUACGUGGAUGUCACAAUUGAUAUCAGGAGCAUAGGUGUCCCGUGGACCCUGCACACGUGGCUGGAGUCUUUGCGGAUCGCCUUCCAGCAGCACCGCAGGCCUCUCAUUCAGUGCCUGCUAAAGGAGUUUAAGACCAUCCAGGAGGAAGAGUACACGGAGGAGCUCAUUAUCCAAGGCCUGCCACUCAUGUUUGAGAUCCUGAAAGCGAGCAAGAACGAAGUGAUCAGCCAGCAGCUGUGUGUCAUCUUUACUCACUGCUAUGGGCCCUACCCGAUCCCCAAGCUCACGGAGAUCAAGAGGAAACAGACCUCGCGCCUGGAUCCUCAUUUCCUUAACAAUAAAGAAAUGUCUGAUGUUACCUUUCUGGUAGAAGGAAGACCAUUUUAUGCUCACAAAGUGCUGUUAUUUACAGCCUCUCCAAGGUUCAAAGCACUGCUUUCCAGCAAACCAACAAAUGACAGCACCUGCAUAGAGAUCGGUUACGUGAAAUACCCCAUCUUUCAGGUAUAUUGGAGACUAAAACACCCCCCAGGUCACCCACACUGGCUUACGAGCCCUGGCUGGUGCGAGGACAGCAUUGAGAGACUGCGAUCUCCCUGGCAGCUCGGCCCCAGAUGGUUCUUCCCUCCACCACUGAUCCCAGGCCCCCAGAUUCUUCUGUUCAGAGGGUUGCUAGGAAGCCACCAAGCCCUCGUCGUAGCCCCUAAAGCCUUUUAGGUGCCUGCAUUUCCACUAUUAGAGGUGCAUUCCUUCAAUUACAUUGAGACUUCGAAAUAAAGAAUCCAUCCUGAAUAACUAUGGGCAAGACGCUCUCCUCUGAUCCUUGAUAUCUUAAUGGACACCAAGUUAAUCAUUACCAUUUCUAUGUUGUGGGUUCUUGCAGAGAUUAGCAGAUAUGAAAACAUGAGGAAACAGUCAACUUGGCAACUUUUAAGUGGUUUUUCUAAGCCAUAACUGAUAAACCACUGCCCUGCUAAGCCCAAGACCCUGUAAAACAGGUUACUUUGGGUUAAGGAUGCACAAGGCUUCCAAGGACAAGGCCAGCGUGGGUGAGCCAUCCCCCUGGGGUGGGGGUAGCCGAAAAAAGGCUGGAGCCCCAAGGUGGGAUGGUGGGACUAAGGAGUCGGCACCCCCUGACAUCCAAGUGCCUGUUCCCUCCUUUGCUCAGCCCUUCACUCAAACCCCUCACUGCAUUUUCUACUGAGAGAAAAGAGGCCACAGCCC